ACUAGUAAAUCAUAAAUACAUUUAUAUUUAAAUAUACCUUAAUAUCGGGAAUAUGUGUGAAAUGUAUGGGAAUUAUUGAAACCCAAAGCGAUAUGUUUUUCAUGUGAUUUCUCAGUGUUUUGAGUGAUUGAACGCCUCUUUCCAUCGACUCCUCGCUAAUCAUCACUUGAUUUGAUUGCCAUUCGUAUCGUUAUCUGAAGACAUGGAAGAAGUGGACAAUAUUCUGAUGCAACAGUUGCGGGAAAUUGGAUGUGAAUUGGAUGACGAGAUAACUGGCAUUAAAGACCUGGAAGUCCACCAAAUCAUGUCAUGUGUCUGCCAUUGCAUUGGACUCAUUGAUCCCAACAAUGGCUACCAAUUGCCGGCCAAACACAUCUCCGAAGCCAUGAAUAUGUCCAUCAAAUACAAAAUGGCCACACAUUUGGCCACUGUUUGCAAACAAGAGUUGGCCUAUAAGGCGGACAUCGGUUACCAGACAUUCCUCUACGGAAACGAAUCGGAUAUAAGAAAAUUAUUUUUGUUUUUAUUGGAAAAACUUCCCAAAGAAGACGAAGAGAACAGACUCUCGUCGAUCAGAACCACUGGACUCACGCCCGCAGACAUACGAACUCAGCUGAGAAAAGCGCAAAUCAGUACCAUUUGGUUGCCAUUCAUGACAGACACUGAGUCUGCGGAAACUGAUUCUCAUAUAAUUGAUGGCAAUAUCUGGUCGGUUGACACGACUGUCAACAAAUCAGUUAACUUUAAACCAAUUUUAGUCAAUAAAUUAGCGCCAAAUCGUCGCAAAUAUUACGAUAAGUGUCUAAAACUGCCAAAUACUUUGUCUUCGAUAAUGGAGUGGAACUCUCUAUAUCUGGACAGUGAGACCAAUGAUAGCCAACUGUUCGUUAAGUCAAAGAAAGUGUCGAUUGAAUCGUGUCUUACCGGUCGACAGACCGUCCGUCCCAUUGGAGACCAAAAUAGCGAGUCGUUGAGCAAUGAGUUGGAAGCGAUGAAUAUAGAGUCUUCGGUGAACAAGAAUGAGAUUCAGACCGCGGAUGAAGUGAAUAAAGAAGAGAAAUAUAAACUAAUUAUUGAAGAAUUAGAAAACGAGUUAAAAGGCUUAGAAAAAGACAUACAAAAGCAUAAAAAGUUUGAAAACAAAGCGAUUGAAUACGAAAAUGAAUUAAAGGAAGAGACGAAACGAUUGCGUGAAUUAGAAACCAGUGAUAAGUCGAGUCAUGAAUUGGUUUCGCAGAUCAAUGAAGUGAAACAAGAGAUUGAAUUAUUAUCACAGGAAUGGCUUAAAAUCGAGGACUCGUUAUCCAAUCAAUUGAAACAAUUAAUGGUUGAGUCAAACGCCAAGAAUGAGAGACAUUCGGCGCUUCAGAGGAAAGUGAAAGACUUGAAGAAAUCGAUUAAUUCUAAAGUGAAAGAAAUCAAAGUUAAAGAGAAUUUAGUGAAGGAGUUGACGGAAAAGAUACCCCAACAGUGGCCGCCGGCCCGCAGUUCGUACACCAAACGGAUUCUCGAGAUUGUGGCCAAUGUUAAGAAGCAGAACGAAGAAACCAAAAAGAUUCUGUUGGAGACCAGAACUGUUCAAAAAGAGAUCAAUAACUUAUCGGGAAAGUUGUCCCGAACUUUCACUGUCGCCGACGAAGAGAUUUUCAAAGACGCCAAACAAAAUGAAUGGAACCGAAAGUGCUAUAAACUGUUGGCUUCAAUGCACGAACACUGCGACCAACUUCUGGAGGCCGUGUCGGCCAUCGGUCUCAUACUUAGGGAAAUCAGACAAUUAGAGGAAUCGGUCGAAACGGAAAGAUCACGAAAGACUGCAUCCAAUUUGAGCCGCAUUUUAGCAGAUUUACAGCAAAUAAAGUUAGAGAACAAGCAAUUGACCAAACAAUUGGAGUCUUAGGAGUUUUGCUAUUCAUUUUAUACAUACAUUUAAAACACACUUAAUAUAAAGUAUUAAAUAAAUGUUUAUUUUUUAUUAAUUAAUAUAAUAUUACAGUUAUAUCUGAAAUGCGAGAAAUGAUUCGUUAGUUUUUGUUUUGUCUGACAAAUGAUUUUACUUUUUAUUGUUUUUGUUGCGGAAAAAAAUAAAAUAAUUUUCCAAAAAACAUGAUA